GGAAUGCAGUGUUUGUGUGGGAAGUGUUGAGCGCGUGUUUGUGCCCAACAUCUGAUGCAAUGUGUGUUUUGUAUAGAAAUGGUUGCAAUCGUUGUCUGCAUUUCAUUAACCCUUUCGUAAUCAACGCAACCAUUCAUUGGACUUAUAGUGAACUUCUGGACAAUGAAGUGAAGUGUGGUAUAGGAUGUUGAGUAUGAGUCACAUCCCAGACAUGUCUUCAGAUACAAGCUGUUUGCCGGCGAAAGAGAGGUGCGAUCACCGGAUGAAUACAUCGAUCACACCGUUCCAGCAGAUGAUGUCUUCGUGUACGGGAGCGCUCAUCACUUCCAUCUUCGUGACCCCUUUAGAUGUGGUGAAGAUAAGGAUCCAAUCGCAACAGAAGGAGUUCAUGAAAAACAAGUGCUAUUUAUAUUGCAAUGGACUUAUGGAACACAUCUGCUAUUGUCCUGCAAAUGAUGUCAACACUUCCAACACAUCCAACACUAAUGGUAAAAGUGGUGCCACUCAUGCAUAUCAUAGCAUGAGUUCUGCGACUAUGCAGCGCAACCUCAUGUCGCAGAGGAACAGACACUUCACGGGAACUGUGGACGCGUUCAUCAAAAUAACGCGAAACGAAGGCCUGGCCUCUCUUUGGAGUGGACUUCCGCCCACUUUAGUUAUGGCAAUUCCGGCCACUGUUAUAUAUUUCACGGUUUAUGAUCAGUUAAGGGAACACAUAAACCGAAGGUUCAAAUUAGUGGAUCAGCCCCUAUGGGUGCCCGUCGUGUCCGGAGGGUUUGCCCGGGUAUUCGCGGCCACGACUAUCAGUCCCCUCGAAAUGAUUAGAACUAAAAUGCAGUCCAAAAGACUGAGUUAUCUGGAGUUGGGUCGAGCCGUGAAGAGUCUUCUCGAAUCUCAGGGCUUCUUCUCGUUGUGGCGCGGAUUGAGUGCUACUAUUCUGAGAGACGUUCCCUUUUCGUGCAUAUAUUGGGCUAACUAUGAGUUCAUGAAGAAGCAGUUCAAUCAAAAGGACCCGACAUUUACAUUCAGUUUUGUGAGCGGCGCCACAGCGGGAACAGUAGCCGCUGUUGUGACCCUUCCCUUCGAUGUCGUCAAAACGCACCGACAGAUAGAAUUAGGAGAAAUGCAAAUCAUUAACAAUAAGACUUCUAAUGCGAGUACAACUCGAGACAUAAUGCGGAGGAUAUACCGCGAGAGUGGCUAUAGGGGUCUGUUCUCCGGUAUAGGUCCGCGAGUGAUGAAAGUGGCGCCGGCGUGUGCUAUAAUGAUUAGCUCUUACGAGUUCGGCAAAGCCUUCUUCAGACAAUACAACGCUUCGAAACAUCAAAAAUAGGUUUUAAUUGCUUUUGUGAUAACAUCCAGAAAACACUAUUGACUGCACUUCUA